GGGACAGAGACAGAGACACACACACACACGCACCACGUGACGGGGGUCGGCCGACCGACCGGCCGUUCGGCAGCAGCGGCGGCGGCGCGGGGUGAAAGGGCGGCGGCGACGGCGGGUCGUGGAGGCCGUGGACGCUGACACCGACACCGGCCCCGGCCCGGGCCCGCGGGGAGAAGCGCGAUGGCGGACAACGAGGACCAGACGAUGGAGCUCGAAGUUCUGCGCUCCAUUUAUGAAGGAGACGAAUGUUUUAAAGAACUUAGUCCAACAUCUUUUCAAUAUCGGAUAGGUGACCAUGACGACCCUAAGGCCUUCCUACUUGAAAUAUCAUGGCCUGAAAUGUACCCGGAACUGCCCCCAAAAAUAUCGCUGAAUGCCUUCUUCAACAAUGGCAUUGCCACGUUAGUGAAGCAAAAUAUAAUAGCCAUGCUGCAGGAGCAGGUUGAAGCAAACCUCGGGACUGCCAUGAUGUACACGCUAUUUGAAUGGGCUAAAGACAACCAGCAACAACUCAUGGAAAACCACCGGCCAGUAGUCAACACAAUGACUACGUCAACGAAUGAAGAUUCUGUUCCUUCAAAUAUUCCAUCGUCCAAGAAGAAAGAGAAAAAAGAACAACUAACAAAGUCUCAAAAGAAAAAGUUGGCUGAUAAGACAGAUCACCAGGGGGAGCUGCCGCGAGGCUGGAAUUGGGUGGAUGUCGUGAAGGUACAGCAUGGACUUUAUAUUUUUAAGCAUUAUACUGUGACUAUUUUCACAUGUGAUCAUAGAAUGAGGUGUAAGCCUUCAACUAAAAGAUGUAUUAAAUGUUAUUCCCUUCACCCUGCAUCUGUCCACUGUGGAUGACUUGAUUGUAAUCGUGUAUAGUCUUAUCGCUGAAAGGUUAGCGCGGGACAAAUAAACUUCAUACUG